AAGAAUCUAAAAAUAACCCAUCUGAUAGUAUUGAAAAAAUUUUAUCUGUUCUUAAUAAUCCUAACGAUUUGGGUUUAAUUCAUAUUUAUCUUCAUUUUAUUUCAAUUUAUUCACGAGAUCGAUUAGAACAACUAUUAGCUUAUCUUCAAUCAAAUCAUAAUUUUGAUUCUUUUUCUGCAGAAUUAGAUAACACAAUUCGUCAAAAUAAGGGUGAUCUUUUAGAAUUUUAUCCUAUAUUCC